AUUGGAACUAGACCGUUCCCUGUCCUCUUUCUAAUUGGGCCUAGCCCAGUUUGAUUCCAACAGCUCCAACUCGUAUUCUCCUCUCCGUCGUGCGUGUUCAUCCAGGUAAUAAGUCCGGUGUGAUUUUGGGUCAACGGUUUCUAUUACAGUAUAUGUCAAACACCUUCUUGCUUCCCAUUCAAAAAUCCUAAACACCACCUCCCUGGUUUUUGCCCCCCCGUUUUUUCCUGCCGAAAACAACGUGCGGACGAUGAGACGGGGUAGACUUUAACAUUUUCAUAUAAUCCUUCAUUGUCACUUUCGGUUGAACCCUUUACUAGUCUUCACCCAUCUUUGCUUUUCCAAAUAAAUUGUAAAUUAAUAAAAAAUAUCCCAGCUCUUCGUGUCGUGGGUCUUUAUCUGAUCGGAUUGGUUUUAUUCCUUCGAAUAUACUACGCGUUUUUUUGUGGGGUGCUGUUGGCCGAAGACGCAAUCUAUUGCUUCUUUUAUUGGUCCACGCAUCUGCAAAUCAAGUUAAAGGGGGUUUGCAUACGAUUUAUUUGAGGGCAUGGAUCAACUUCAAUUGCGAUUGAUUAUAUAACAACUCCAUUGGAUUGUAUCAUCUAGCAUUCCUCAGUUGAGAAAUGAAUGUCCUUUGAUGUCAUAUGAACAAGAAUGGAUCUGACCUUCAAACAGAUCCUGUUGUUUCUUCUAUUUCUUGUGGUAUUGAAUGGUUAUGCCGUAGCAGAGGCCGAAACAGAAAGUUUACCAAGGAUAAGAACUGCUCCAGUGAGGAAUACAGAGGGUGGCGUUAUAGAUGGCACUGGAACUGAGGAUGUCUUUAGAUCUGAUGGUACUACGGAUGGACUGGGUGAAAGGAAGGUUGGAAGUGGCAGAGUCUCUGUGUCAUCAGUUGCAUUGUUAACACUGGCGAUGGCUGCUGCCACUGGUUUAGGGGCAGUACCAUUCUUCUUUGUGGAACUCGAUCCCCAGUGGGCCGGAAUAUGCAAUGGGAUGGCGGCAGGGGUGAUGUUGGCAGCUAGCUUUGACCUCAUUCAGGAAGGACAAGAGCAUGGUAGUGGCAAUUGGGUAGUCAUCGGCAUUUUGACAGGAGGAGUUUUCAUUUGGCUUUGUAAGAAGUUUCUGGAGCAAUAUGGUGAGGUUAGUAUGUUAGACAUAAAAGGAGCAGAUGCAGCUAAAGUUAUUCUUGUUGUUGGAAUAAUGACUCUUCAUUCCUUUGGGGAGGGUUCUGGUGUUGGAGUGUCCUUUGCUGGCUCAAAAGGUUUAUCUCAGGGGCUAUUGGUGACCUUAGCUAUUGCCGUGCAUAACAUACCAGAAGGCUUAGCUGUGAGUAUGGUGCUUGCUUCAAGAGGGGUUUCUCCACAGAAUGCAAUGUUGUGGAGUGUAAUUACAUCAUUGCCCCAGCCUAUUGUUGCAGUUCCUUCAUUUAUCUGUGCCGAUGCAUUUAACAAGGUCCUACCAUUCUGCACGGGCUUCGCAGCUGGGUGUAUGAUUUGGAUGGUCAUUGCAGAGGUUCUUCCCGAUGGAUUCAAGGAAGCCUCUGCAUCUCAUGUUGCUUCAGCAGCUACGCUUUCAGUUGCAUUUAUGGAAGCUCUCAGUGCUGUCUUCCAAAAUGUUAGCCACCGGAACAAUUCAGAGGAUGUCUCUGGCUUCCUCGUUUCACUUCUCUUUGGUCUUGGGCCAUUACUCGGUGGCACGUUUCUGGUUGCAUUUGCUCUUGCUUUCCGCCUUCAGCACGCUCUCCUAACCGGCAUAGCCUCUGGCAUUGCCUUUGUUCUUGGCGCCUGGCGACCAUUACAGCUACUUGUCUCUUCGAAGAUGGGUUUAUUUCCCCUGGUAUUUCUUCUGGGACUGGGAGCAUCAUUCGCCCACAUCUCCAUCACAAGUGCGCUAAAGCUCACAAGCCGGAAAAAGUCGUCAGCCAAUACCCUAUCUACAGUUACAGGUUUCUCUGUCAGUAGCCUUACUCUUCAGUCAAUAUUAUCCUGUGUAGCAGUCGCUCUUCAUGCUUUAGCAGAGGGUCUUGCAUUAGGAGUGGCAGCGCCUAAAGCUUAUGGACUCGGACGCCACAUGGUCCUUCCGGUCUCUCUCCAUGGGCUUCCUCGAGGGGCCGCUGUUGCCAGCUGUAUCUUUGGGGCAACUGACAGCUGGCAAGGGUCCCUUGCUGCCGCUGCUUUGAUAGGGUUUGUGGGCCCUUUAACUGCAAUCGGUGCGAUACUUGGUGGGAUUGAUUACAGUGGUCUGGAUCACUUGAUGGUGUUUGCAUGCGGGGGAUUAAUCCCGUGUUUUGGGAGCAUUGUUAGAAGAGCAGUGAAGUUAAACACACGGAAGGGCGUUUUUGGCCUUGUAAUGGGGAUUGGGUUAGCUACUGUGUGCCUAACAUGCACUAAGUUGGUUUGCUUGCAUACUCCUUACUGCAACUCUGCUCCAGAGGCUGUCAGAUAAUUACAUGAGAACUCACAUUUGACCUAAUAAUUAAACCUUAUAGUUGGAAAGAACUUGCGUUCUUUACACGGGUCUAGUUCGAUCCUGGAUGUGCAAGUGCUUGACACGGGUCUGGUUUCGGGAGGAAGCGACGGUAGAUUGUUUUAUGUAUUUUUAUUUCUUCAAAUUCAGAUAGGUAGAUUGAAACUUCAGUUUAGAACUGCACUGUGAUUAGUGUAUACUAUUACCGAUUCUUGAAUAGCAGCGAACAGAAUUUGGUAAAA